AUGGAUAUAGCGUCCUGUCACACAGGAGCAUACAUAUCCCGGUUUUCGGCUCAUUCCUUCGGCUCAUCGCCGCCCGUUCCGCUAAUCGCCGUCCGUUUUCCGCUCAUCGACGCCCGUUCCGCUCAUCGCCGCCGGUUCCACCCAUUGCUGCCCGUUUCCCUGCUCAUCAGCACCGGUGAUCUUCGUUCCUUUUCUGCCAAAGUCCAAUCAGCUGUAGCUAUUGCUCACAGUAACUUGAUUGCUAUCAGUCAGCUACAAGUUGAUUGGGAUGUUAAAAUCAUUGAGGUUCUCAAGAAAACUGCCCCUCAGAGGAGAGGCAAUGAACUUUUACAAUCUUGGAAACAGCAGCUCACUAAGAUAACAGUGUCUAGACGCUUUGGAUUCCUCUCAGAUAUACCAGGUGAUGUGCACCAUAGCCUCUUAUCUCACCUCCCAGAAAAUGACGAGCUCCCACAACUGGACACUGAUGAUCCUCCUCCGCCACCGGAAGAUAUUGACAAGGGUGAUCUUGAUGCUGAUGGUAUUACAGAUGAUGGGGAUGAUGAAGAGUUCCAGGCAUACUUUGCACAGGCAAUGGAAGCACAGAUGCUGAGAAAUCUGGCUCAAGCAUCAAAUGUGGGAUACAUAUACAAGUGA